UUUGCUGUAAUUAUGGAAAAUACUGCAAAUUUUCCUCAGAUAGUAAAUCACACACAGCAGAGACAGAGGAGAAUUUACCAUAGGCCCUAUAGCUUCUUAAAUCUCUCUCGCUUUCUCUCUCUCUCUCUCCCCCUCUCUCUCUCUCUCUCUCUCUCUCUCUCUCUCUCUCUCUCUCUCUCUCUCUCUCUCUCUCUUUCUCUUUCUCUUUCUCUCGCCUUCCCUCCUGUGGAUGUCCUGACUAUUUAUGAACAGGGUUCUGAAAGGCUCACAGUUUAAACACAGGGACAGAUGGGCUACAAUCAAAGUACAUAUGGUAGGCAUACUUAACGAAGUGCACAGUGAAUAAUAGAAGGUUAUUAUUUAAUCAAAGUACAAUUCACUUGGCUAGCUGUGUUCACUGAGGUAAGCAACAGCAUUAGUUGUACCUUCUAAGAAUAUGUUAGCAACAGCAACUAUAAAGCUUUACAUCACAUAUAUUACAAAAUACUUUUAAAAAGACUUAAAAGGACUUCUGCAUUUAAAAGGCAAUUUCAUUAAUUUAUUUUUUUAUUAUUUUUAUUUUUAAAAAUAUUUUGGUUAUUUUUUAUUUUUUAUGUAUUUAUUUAGAUAAGAUACUAUAUUGUCAUUGCACAGAGUACAACGGAAUUGGGCAGGAAUCCUAACGGUGCAUUAACAAAAAAAAAAACAUUAAACUAGGAAUAGAAGAAAAGUAUAAGCUAAUAUAAAAUGCAAGAUAUUUAAAGGAAAAGACUAUGUAAUUUAAAAUUAUAAAGAAAAUGACAUUAACAAAAAAAUAUAGCAGCUAUGAUAUUGCACAUGAGGGUAUUGCACAUUUGUGGAUGGUAGUGAUUCUAAAUAAAUACAUAUAAAAGUGCCAAUGAAUGUAAACAUCUUUUAAUAGUCCUUGUGUAUAUUUUGGAUGAGUGCAGGUAUACGCUCAGUUUCUGCGCUUUUAGUGCCUGGAUGGCAGUGUACAGUGUCAGUGUUGGGCAGUGUUCAGUUCUCUUAUUGCACUAGGGUAGAAGCUGUUUUUAAGUCCGUAAUGUGAUGGAUGUGUAGCGUGUGCCUGAGGGUAACAGAUAAUGACCAGGAUAGGAUGGGUCUUUCAGUAUGUUAGCUGCCCUGCUGAGGCAGCGGGACCUGAAAACCUCCUCCAAGAUGGGCAGUGGGCAGUUGAUGAUCUACUGGGCUGUGGUGAUGACACUCUGAAGGGCUCUCCUGUCCGCCGCUGAGAUGCUGGUGUACCAUGUGGAGAUGCAAAAUGUUAGCAUGCUUUCAAUGGAGCAGCAGUAGUAAGACACCAGAAGCUUAACUUGCAGGUUGUUUUUCCUAAUGAUUCUGAGAAAGUAGAGUCACUGCUAUGUCUUUUUAACUAGUGCCGUGGUGUUGGUGGUCCAGGAGAGAUCUUCAGCAAUGUGUGUGUCCAGGACCCUUAUGGCCUCCACCCAUGUCAACCACAACAUCUACAUCACAGAGGUGAAAACGGGAAAGUGUGUGCACUCUCUUGUCGGUCACCGGCGCACUCCGUGGUGCCUGACCUUCCACCCUACCAUCCCUGGCCUCAUUGCCUCAGGCUGCCUAGACGGGGAGGUUCGAAUCUGGGACCUGCAUGGAGGCAGUGAGAGCUGGUUUACAGAGAGUAACAUAGCCAUUGCAUCGCUGGCGUUCCACCCCACGGCUCAGCUUCUCCUCAUUGCCACCAACAAUGAGUUGCACUUCUGGGACUGGAGCCGCAGAGAGCCAUUUGCUGCCUUGAAAACUGCCAGCGAAACCGAGAGAGUCAGGUUGGUGAGAUUUGAUCCAUUGGGCCACUAUCUUCUGACUGCUAUUGUGAACCCUUCAACCCAGCAGCAGAGCGAUGAUGAUGCAGAGAUUCCGAUGGACAGUGUAGAGCUACCACAUUUCCGGCAGCGUUCCUUCCUGCAGGCUCAACCUGUAAGACGUACCCCCAUACUGCACAACUUCCUUCAUAUCCUCUCAUCACGGAACCAGUCCCCUCAGGCAACAGACCUUCCCUCUGCAAUCCCUCCUGACAGCAUCGAUUCGCCUUCUGGUCGUUAUACAGCUGUGAGGGAACGCACUAGGGCACCAUACCAUGGUUGUGUCCAGCACCUGGGCAUGGCCUGCUACUGCAGCCGCUGUUCCGCUGCAAGGUUGUCCUCACCACCAGAUGAAGAUCCUGCAGACUCUGACUCUCUGGACGGCCAGUCGCACGCCUCCACCUUUUCCUCCGCACGCACUGAGCCACGGCCAACACGGUUACCGAAUGAGCCCCGCUCAAGUAAUAGGCCCUCAGCAUUUAGCAGCGUGUAUGCGCGAGGAGGCUCUAUGCGAACACUGUCCUCUGCUUCUGGGAGGAGGACUGCAACCACACUGGGCAGAGUCGGUGAAACAGAUUGGAUGGGCGGCAUGAUGAGUGGGUAUGGUGUGCUGCCCCCCAGGACUAGCGCCUCCUCCAUCAGUCUAUUAUCUGUUCUCCGCCAGCAAGAGAGUGCCAGCCAAUCAAGUGUUUACACUUCUGCCUCUGAGAACAGGGGCUUCCCUGCGUCAGAGAGCUGGGCUCAUAGUAGCAGUAGUGCAUCUGGAACUAGGCCAAGGUCUAGCAUGCAUCACCCUCUAGGGGAAAGUGGUCGCACAAGCCCUAGAUCUAUUCGAAAUGCACUUCAGUGUAACUUGAGCCGCUACUUUCUGGAGUAUGAGCACAUGCAAGACUUGCAGCCGCUAAGUAGGGAUGGCGGUAGUCAGGAGGAGCAGACACAAGAACUUCUGAAUAACAACAUGGACCAUGAACGUCCAGGGUCAUCUCAGUAUGACCCUCUUCAACCAAGGGAAAACACCCUUGAGCAACCUGGCCCAUCUCAAUAUCAGUCCCCUCAUGGUGGGGAGGGUGCUUCUCACGGCCACCUUAAUCGAUGCAGGGUCUGCUACAACCUCUUCACCUACAACCAGGGCACACAGCGCUGGGAGCGCACUCGGCAAGCACAGCCUAGCCAGGAGGAGAGUCUGUCUUGGCGAUCCCCAAGCCCUACCUUCCACAGUGUGACUUCACCAGCUCACCCUGAACCCAAUUCCACCAUAGUGAUGGAGCCUAACAUCGAUGUCCCAGGGCCUGACUCAGCUUUCGCUCACAUUACAAGACCUGUAUCAGCCUUUCCACGUGGCGUGGCCUCUGGCCUGCACAGUGAGCAGACAGUGGGGCUGGUCUAUAACCAGGAAACUGGCCAAUGGGAGCGCGUUUACAGGCAGUCUGCCACCCCUCGCUCUGAGAGCGUAUCACAAGAUGCCUUAAACCAGGACAUGCCUGAAGACACACCUGAUGAUGACUACCUACGCAGGAGACUGCUGGAGUCUUCUAUCAUGUCCCUGUCUCGAAAUGACCUUGUUGGAUCUCGAGACCACCCCAUCUACCCUGACCCUGCAAGGUUAUCCCCUGCAGCGUAUUAUGCCCAACGUAUGAUCCAGUAUCUGUCUCGACGUGACAGCAUUCGACAGCACUCUCUUCGCUACCCUAACAGACUUCGUCCACCGAUCACUAACCCAGAUGGCCCUGCCCCUAACCCAGCCCCCAACCCACCCCCCAAUAUGGAUACUGAGGUUGACUUUGAGGAGUUUGAGAGUAGCGGAGAUAGAAACAGACACAGGGCGGCACGUAAUGCACGAAUGUCUGCACCCUCCUUUGGUCGAUUUGUUCCCAGGCGUUUCCUCCUUCCUGAAUAUCUGCCUUAUGCUGGAAUCUUCCAUGAAAGAGGACAGCCGGGCCUGGCUACACACUCCUCGGUCAACAGGGUUCUGGCAGGUGCAGUGAUUGGGGAUGGUCAGUCUGCCGUUGCCAGUAACAUUGCUAACACCACCUAUCGACUGCAGUGGUGGGACUUCACCAAGUUCGACCUGCCAGAGAUCAGCAAUGCUUCGGUGAAUGUGUUGGUGACAAACUGUAAGAUCUACAAUGAUGCAAGCUGUGACAUCUCAGCAGAUGGACAGCUCCUGGCUGUAUUUAUACCCAGCAGUCAACGAGGCUUUCCUGAUGAAGGCAUCCUCGCCAUUUACUCCCUUGCCCCUCACAACCUUGGAGAAAUGCUCUACACCAAGAGAUUCGGUCCAAAUGCUAUCUCAGUGAGCCUGUCUCCAGUGGGCCGCUAUGUGAUGGUGGGCUUGGCAUCUCGUCGUAUACUGUUGCAUCAUGUCACUGAUCACAUGGUGGCGCAAGUCUUCCGGCUGCAGCAGCCUCAUGGUGGGGAGACCUCCAUGAGGAGAGUGUUUGACGUGGUUUAUCCAAUGGGGACAGAUCAGCGCAGGCACGUCAGCAUUAACUCUGCCCGCUGGCUUCCUGAGCCCGGGAUGGGCCUGGCAUACGGCACAAACAAAGGAGACCUUGUCAUUUGCAGACCCAUUAAUGGGCAGACUGAUGGUGACAGCUCCACAGAACACUCAGAGCCCUUGUUCAACAUUAAUAACAGUGGAGGGGGCGCAGCCAGUAGCAGCAGGGGUGGGGAGAGAACAGGGAGCACUCGGACUGGUUGGCGACCGGAGAGAGACAUGGGCCUGAUGAACGCGAUUGGCCUGCAACCUCGACACCUUACCCCCUCAGUCACUUCACAAGGUACACAAACACAGGUGCUGCAGCUGCAGAAUGCAGAGACGCAGACUGACCGCGAUUUUGAGCAUGACCCCGAGCCUGACCUCCAUUUACCCGGCACCAGGCAAGAGUCACAGGUCCCAGACACUGUAGAUCUGGAUGUGGCUGAUGAAUUAGCUUCUGAGGUUGUACCUGAGACUCCACCCUACAUCCGACCUCAAGAAGACGAGCCAGAGCCAACUCCAGAGCCUGGCACCAUGACUGGGGAUGGACAGGUAGAGUUUGCAUUGGGGGAAGACGCUCUGUCUCGUAUCCGGAGGCUCAUUGCAGAAGGGGGGAUGACAGCAGUGGUUCAAAGAGAGCAAAGCACCACUAUGGCCUCUAUGGGCAGCUUUGGCAAUGACAUCAUCGUCAGCCACCGCAUUCACCGUGGCUCACAGACCGGGGUGGAAUCACAGGCCAGCACCCGCACAAGCUCCUUUCCCGGCCCCUCCUCCUUCACUUCUGCUGGUUCCAGCAGUGCUCCCACUCGAGUCCAGGCAGCAAGUUCAUCUUCACAUGUUUAUAACCACACCCAGCAGCUGCACCUCUAUGCACAGAGCGCCCCAGCACCCUCUACAGCACAGGGUGGAACUGCACACUUAGUGCAGGACACGCUUGUUCCCGACACAGCUUCCAGACCUGUUCUCCUUCAACGGCUGUCUCCUCUUUUCCCCAGCUCUCAUGUUCCCAUGGAAACGGACGAUUUGUUAGAAGAUGCAGGGCUUGGGGACCUCAGGAUGCUCUCUCCUUCCGUGCACCACACUUCAUCUCUCUCACCUGAAAACAAUAACAAUAACAACAACUACAGUGGCAACCAUGGUUUUCAUGGCAACGCAUACAGCCGAUAAACCUGGGCAGAUAAGACUGGUAGACCUGGACAGACGGUGUAGCCGAUGAGAAAAAAAAUGGAAGGAAGUACAGAGAAGGAGAGAAGGGAAUUAUGAGUGUACACUCUUAAAAAUAAAGGUGCCAAAAUAGUCUCUUUAGAGAGAUGCAAUGGAAAACUUUCUGUUCCCUGAAGAACAGUUCGGUAGAUUUUUAUUAAAGAACCAUAUUUGAGAGUGUGAAAAACCUUAUAAAAUGAAAUGCUAAAGGUUCUAUACUAGGGGUUUAACAAUGCAUCAUGAGAAUGUGAUGCAAAAAUGUGAUAAUGAUGAACACCAAAGUUUGCAAACAACAAUAGCACCGGUCAACAACCCACUCCAGCACUCUUCCUGGUUCUUUACUCUAGUCUCACUAUAAACAACAUUGAUACAGUCAUCAUUUUGUUUCAUUUAGAUUUUAUUCAAAAUUUCAUGGGGAUACCGAAUUGUGAACCCAGUAUUGCGAAUCGAAUCACUGAGUGUGUUGUUACACCCCUGUUCUAUACCAAUUAAAAGAACUAUCCAUCCAAGCCAUUUAGGGACCAUUAUUUUUAAGAGUGUAUAUUUACUUGGCAUGGAGGUGGAUAUUGUUGCUUGCUACAUCUGAAAAGAUUUUGCAGGUUUUUUUGACUGAAAACAGAUUUAAGAACAUUCCAAAACCUACUUGAAUCCUGUUCUCAUAUGUGUGUUUUUCAGAGAACACAGCAUGGUGUAACAGCUAUCUAGAACACACAGUUCUAUAUAAAACACGGUCUUCUAAAACAUAGGGUUCAGUUUUACAUGUCAGUCAGGGUGACACAGCAGCCUUUUUGUAAGACAGCAUGUCUGUAGCACAUAUUACACACAUACAGACACUCACUCACACAUAGGUCAUGUUUCUUAUUAUUGUCUUAGCUACAGACAUUAAAGUGCUCCCAAGAUCAAGCUAAAAAUUUGAGAGCGUUUUAUCCAUUGUCAGAUUGAAACCAUGAUCUCUGUUGCAAAAACACAUUGGCCUAGUUUGAGGUCUUUUGUUUCUGUUAUGUUAUUUAUUUUGAUUAAGUGAAAGUAUGUUUCUUUUUAUAUCUGCCAUGGUUUUCAUUUUUAUGACUUAUCGUGAAAGAAAGUUGUUGAAGGUAAGUAAGUGCCGUGAGCAGGGUAUGUCACAUGUUUAAAACAGCCAGUGUCAUAAAGAAUCACAAGGUAGGAGUGUUAACAUCAUAAAAACACACUCUAGAUCAACACUGCAACUCUGGGAUGCUUUAGAGGAACAGUUUGGUUAAAACAUGUGGUAACACUUAACUGUGGACCACAUGAAACCUAUGUAAGCUUUCACGACAAGUGACAUAUAUGACAAAGUCUUAUUUCAACAAGUGUCAGUUGUCAUAAUACUUUAUGGGGAGAAAUGCCUUUAUGACAACUUAUGCUCAUUGGAAUAAGGCUUCAUAAAUGUUUAUGUAGGGUUAUGUCAGUUGAUAUAAAAGGCAUAUGUAAGUGUUACAUAGUCUUAUUCUUAUUCCGACCUGCAGUAAGGUAUUACCGAAAAUGCAAUUUUUUGGCUAAUUAAGUGAAAGCAAACGCCCACCAGUUAUGCAAAUGACAUGCUGCAUAUUGGUGACCAAUAGCUUCUCAUCCCUCUUAGCAAUGCUAGCACAUUUGGUCAACAUAUUCCUUUGAGAAUGCUGAAAAUAGUAGAUGUAUUAGGAUGUUACAGGCUUCUUGUAUUAGCGAAGAGCAGAAUGUUUUGGGUUUAUGCAGUUGUAUGCAGUUGGUGGAUGUGAAUGUAUGUGAAUGUCAGUUGUGACGACAGGGAAGACAAUUCUAGGACAUGACUGCCGUUGGUUAUGACUCUUUGAAAGGACUUGCGUAUGUUGUAUGAGAUCUUUUUCUGGAUCACUUCCUCUGAGUUGUAUGAUAUUUCUUUUAUUGGCAUGAGGCCAUUUAAAAAGCAGAGUCAAAUCCCUUAUCAGCUCAGAAUAAACAAAUACACACUUAGACACUGAGGACUUGAGACAGG